AUGGGUAAAACACGCCGUGGAGGAACGAGCCAUGCGGAAGAGAAAGCUUCAUUUGCCGAGGUGAAGGACGCUACUGUUGUGACGACGAAAGGGAUAAUUACUGGUGUUGAGUUUGUGGAUACAGAGCAGGAAAAGACGUCAAAGCAUGCUAAGAAGGACACGAAGCAGGGAAAUGAGCUGAAAACCGCUGAACAGGGAGAGGAAGGACUUGCAAAGGCGAAAAUAAACGACGACCAGGAUGCGGAGACAGAGCAGCCGAUUGCGGAAGCCGCUAAUCACGGCAUCGCUGAUGGAGCUGUAGACGAGCGCUACUUUUCUAGCGAGAACUUUGCAUCACUACCGUUGUCUGACCCCACACGCAAAGCACUGGUGGAAAUGGGCUUUACAAAAAUGACUAAAAUACAGGCCAAAUCGAUUCGACCUCUGCUGGCUGGUCAAGAUUUAGUGGGUGCAGCCAAGACAGGUUCCGGUAAAACGCUAUCUUUUUUGAUUCCAGCGGUUGAGCUACUGCACAAAGUUCGCUUCACGGCACGCAAGGGAACGGGCUGUAUUGUCAUUUCACCGACGCGUGAGUUGGCGCUGCAAAUUUAUGGCGUUGUACGAGACAUCUGUAAAUACCAUUCGCAGACGCACGGUAUUGUUAUGGGCGGUGCGAACCGCCGCGCUGAAGCCGAACGCCUGGUGAAGGGCGUUAAUAUUCUGAUUUCUACGCCUGGGCGAUUGCUGGAUCAUUUACAAAACACAAAGGCUUUCAUUUACCACAAUCUGCAAAUUCUCGUUAUUGAUGAGGCCGAUCGAAUUUUAUCUAUUGGUUUUGAAGAGGAGAUGCGCCAGAUUAUUAAGUGCAUUCCAAAGGAGCGCCAGACGAUGCUAUUUAGUGCGACACAGACGAAGAAGGUGGAGGAUCUUGCUCGUCUAUCAAUCAAGGAGAAGCCAGUGUACGUGGGUGUUGAAGAGGAAGAUACCAAGGCUACGGUGGCUACGCUCGAGCAGGGUUACGUUGUUACACCGAGUGAUAAGCGUUUUCUGCUGCUCUUUACAUUUCUUAAAAAGAAUUUGAAGAAAAAGGUGAUGGUUUUUUUUUCGUCGUGUAGUGCUGUCAAGUUUUACGGCGAACUUUUGAACUACAUCGACAUUGCCGUGCUAGACAUUCACGGAAAGCAAAAGCAGAACAAGCGCACAACGACGUUUUUCCAGUUUUGUAAUGCGAAGACUGGUAUUUUGCUCUGCACAGAUGUGGCGGCGCGCGGUCUUGAUAUACCGGCGGUGGACUGGAUCAUCCAGUUUGACCCUCCUGAUGACCCACGCGAGUACAUUCACCGCGUGGGUCGUACUGCUCGUGGCGCUAAGGGAAAGGGUAAAGCACUGCUCAUGCUUUUACCUGAUGAGCUUGGAUUUCUCAAGUACUUGAAGGCUUCAAAGGUUGCACUUAAUGAGUAUGAAUUCCCUCUUUCAAAGAUUGCUAAUGUCGAGUCUCAGCUUAUGAAGCUCGUGGAGAAGACGUACUACCUCCACAAAUCGGCUAAGGAUGCUUAUCGUGGAUAUUUGCUGGCGUACGCGUCGCACUCGCUGAAAGGCAUUUUUGAUGUUGGCCGUCUUGAUAUGCAAGGGGUGGCCAAGUCGUUCGGACUGCAAGUUCCACCAAAGGUGACUCUUCCAGUGAAAACGAACGGCAAGACCGGGAAGCGCAAGGGGGUUUCGUUUAAUGGCGACGCUAACUCGCGCGGUAGCAAGUUUCAGCGCUCAGGUCACGCAUUUAGUGCCGACAAUCCGUACGGUAAGCGGGCUUUGGGUGACAAGCGUCAGUUUGCGCACUAA